ACAUUCAUAGCCUGAUCGUCGAGCUGACUGGAUCUGUCACACAUUGCCUGAUCCUUGAUCUGACUAGAUUUGUCGGACAUAACCCACCUACAUCAUGCUUGUCCUGAUUUAUCUAUUAUCAACAUGUCUUGUGGGGGCGUAUUGUCAAUGCCCGUACGGAUUCGAUGUCAUCAAGAAUUCGAAUUCGAAUUCGAAUGCUUGCUACUUAAUAGUGGAGAUGAGUUCAACGUGGAUAGAAGCUAAGCAAUACUGCGAUGUGCUGGGAGGCGACUUGGCUGCAUUUGAGACAGAAGACGAAAUGUCGCCCGUGAGAAAAAUGUUGCAGGAGUUCCUCCCAGAGGGAGAGAGUUCGUUCCAAAUGAACUUUUGGGUAGACGGAACUGACAUUAUAGAGAAGGGGAAAUUCUAUUGGAUGGGAAAAAAUGGAAACCAGGAACGAGUCUCCUACUACAAGAAAUCGUCGAACGGACAGACGGACAACGCCAAUUUACUGUCAAGCUGUCUAGAGCUAGGAAGUAAUAGAAACUUUGGCAUGAGCGACCAGAACUGUAGCAUGAAACAGGGCUUCAUUUGUGAGGCCAGCAAGUAUAGCGACAACGAGGAAUAAGCAGUCCUACAAGUGUUUAUUUUGAUACAAAUAAACAGUACUCUGGUUUAAA